CUAUCUGUGGCCGGUGUGUCGACCACGAAGUUGGUGAAAACAGUAGUAGUAGAAGUACUAGUUGUCCAUUUUUGCAUGGUUUUGGACCGGAGAUCGAGGUUGAAAUGGGAGAUACAACUACUUCUGCGGCCUCGGGUGAUGCUAAUGCUAAGACAUCGUCCUCUACUGGAGCUGCAGGAGCAACAAGCGGUGGCGAUGGCGGCACCUUGUUAAAUUCCCUCUUGUUGAAGAGUACUACUACUAUAGAAGAACAAGACCAAACUAUGGGGACAAAAAGUCUAGGUUCCGACGAAGGCUUUCAUAAGAAUACGUUGACGAGUAUCACGUCGAGUCAAGGUCAACUAGCGCUAGCAGAUCUUCAGACGUCGCCGAGUGAUGCUAUGGCUGGUGGUGGCGGAGGAGGUACCAGCACUAAGACUCCAACUAACGCUCGCAGAAACAAAAACUUUGCGAAAAAUGGAAGUGCAG